AGGUGCAAGUAGAGGACGAGCAACUACAUCGGAACAUUCAGCGCCUACAUCUCGCAGGCAGUCGACGGGAAAACAAAGGAGGAAGAGGGAGAUUCGGCUCGUCGUAGAGAAACACCGCACGUAUUAGACGAUUUAGUAAAACGCUAAAUCACAACCAUGAAGUUACUGUGGGCUGUCUGUGCCCUUCUGUUGUGCUGUUGGCAAGCCAAUGCGUCCACAGUCCCAAACAUCAUUGCCGAUCCCCCUGAGGUCACCAACCAGACCUCCGCUGUCCUGAGCUGCAACUUGACAGAGACCAGUCUCCCCAUCAAGGGCUCCCACUGGAUGUACAAUGGCAAAAUCAUUGAAACUUCCAAGUCAGCUGAGGCUGUUGCAUUCACCGUCCACCGUUUAGAGAAGAUUACCCACAGUUCUGGUGGAAAGUAUGAAUGUGUGUUCCUGACUGAACCACCGCUGUCCCGCACCAUUGAAGUCAAAACACUUCCCCACGUUGCUGCCUACAAGCACUCAGAGCAUGGCAAUGAGAAGGACAAAGGUGUGAUGGUCUGUGUGAGUCACGGCUAUCCACUGCCCACUGACUGGACCUGGUUCAAAGAGGAAGAUGGCAGCCUAAAGCCCAUCAUCAAUGGCACUACCGACAAAUAUGAGAUCAAGAGCACCCCUAACAAGACUAUUCUGACUGUUAAUGAUCUGAGCAUCGAAAACGACAUUGGUGACUAUACCUGCUCUGGAACCAAUGAGCUUGGCACAAACACCGACAAGAUCCACCUGCGCGUCCGCAGCCGCUUGGCUGCCCUCUGGCCUUUCCUUGGCAUUGUGGCCGAGGUCAUCAUCCUGGUGACCAUCAUCUUCAUCUAUGAGAAGAGGAGAAAGCCCGAUGAGAUCACCGACGAUGACGACUCAGGAUCUGCUCCUCUGAAGAGCAAUUCUAAUGCAAAUCACAAAGACAAGAAUGUGAGGCAAAGGAAUUCUAACUAGAUGCUGAAAGAGGUGGACAUCCAGAAGGCAGUCCAGGAUUCAGCUGUCUGUGUUGCACACUGUACUGUGCACCCUGCAACUUUAAGUACCUUUUUGUGCUCGGGUGUUAAUGUUUUAAAACUGAUUUCCUCUUGUUUUUCUUUCUUCUCCUCCACAUUGUGCAGCCAGAGAACAUAGUGUGAAAUAAUUUCUGCUCGAGGCCGUGGGGGCAAAUAUUGCAUGAGUUUUAAUGCCGUUCUAGAAAAAAAAAAAGUGUGUGUUCGUUGUAAAAUCAUAGAAAGUUCAUGUGAGGAAUGCCUAGUUUGUGAUAAUUUUCUGUUAAUGCUGACGCUUCCUACGCUGACCUCACAUCUGUCAGUCGUUUUGCUUUUUAUAUUAUGCGAUCUGGAAUGGUUCCCUGUAAAGCAGCACAAAUCACUGCCAUUCUUUUUAUAGCAACGACUGGAGUGUGUUUGAACACACACGUUUGAUCUGUCCCUACAUUAGCAGAGUUUUAUACUUUGCCUUAACAAUCAAGCACCAUUUCAGUUUUUGUCUUUUUGCAUUUUGUUAUUGGUUACAAGAUUUAAAUGUGACACUUUAAGAUUAAAUGCAGAAAUGAUUUCUGAUUUAUGUCUGCUAGGUUUUUGUUGCCGUAAGAAAUUACAGUUUGAGCUUUUUUCCCUUUUAAAUCGUGUUUUUAAUUCCUUUACUCUUCACAUACUUUCUUUUAGUCGCCAAUGCUUUUGUUGCUGAUGUCACAACCACAUAAAAAAUAUAUUCUUGAGGACCAAGUGCAAGAGCUGUAACAUCUGUUGAUUCUGAUGAAUGCAACACAAAUACUACUCACUGAUGUUUCAAUCUAAUAAAACAGAUUAACGCUUGAAAAGAAGUUUUUCUUUCUCACUCGAUGUGAUCCGAGGAAAAAAAACAUUUGUGUGCGAUUGUUGGACUGUCGUCUCUUUCCGUUCCCUUCACUGUGUAGAUGAUUCAGAAGCCAUAUGUUUCAUUUAACCUCAGUAGUGUUGUGAUUGGAUGUUACCAUUUCAGAGUUACACAAAUUAAAAAGACCUAGCCAGACUUGUGUGAAUUGUUGUACCUUCCAACUCCAUGGAACACCAUCGUAUGUACAACUUGCACAAACUGAAUAAAGAUAUUGGAUUUUA